CUUCCGGUGCUAGCUGGGGUAAGGAUGCGGGCGCUGGGAUCACGCUGAGCCCCCGGUGAGCCGAGGUCGGACCGGGCGGCCUGACCCUGACCUCGGACCUCCCCCAGAGGGCUCAUGGAGGGCUUCCAAGAAGAGGAGCGCGAGGAGGGGCCAGGGUCGCGACCACCCCCGGGAGCUGUGGCCGCCGUCCUAAAGCACAGUUCGGCGCUACCCGCGGAGACCGUCCAGGUCCGGGGCUACGACUUCAACCGCGGCCUGGACUAUGGCGCUCUUUUGCGCGCCUUCGGCACUACGGGCUUCCAAGCCACCAGCUUCGGCCGCGCAGUACAGCAGGUCAACGCCAUGAUUGAGAAGAAACUAGAACCUCUAGGGGAGGAGGAGAAGAACCACAUGGACUUGAAUCCAAGCCAUCGGCCAGUGAGUGGCUGCACUAUCUUCUUGGGAUACACAUCAAAUCUAAUCAGCUCUGGUGUCCGAGAAACCAUACGUUACCUGGUACAGCACAACAUGGUGGAUGUUCUGGUGACAACUGCAGGUGGUAUAGAGGAGGAUCUGAUCAAAUGCCUGGCACCUACAUAUCUGGGAGAAUUUAGCCUGAAGGGGAAGGACCUGAGACAAAAUGGCAUCAAUAGGAUCGGAAACCUGCUUGUCCCCAAUGACAAUUACUGCAAGUUUGAGGACUGGUUGAUGCCGAUUUUAAACCAGAUGGUUCUGGAGCAAAAUACAGAGGGAGUGAAAUGGACUCCGUCGAAGAUGAUUGCACGACUGGGCAAAGAAAUCAACAACCCUGAGUCUGUGUAUUACUGGGCACAGAAGAACAACAUCCCAGUGCUAAGCCCAGCACUGACAGAUGGCUCUCUUGGUGAUAUGAUAUUCUUCCACUCAUAUAAGAAUCCAGGGCUGGUGCUGGACAUCGUGGAGGACUUACGACUCAUCAAUGCUCAGGCCAUCUUUGCCAAGCGAACAGGCAUGAUCAUUCUUGGAGGAGGCCUGGUGAAACAUCAUAUUGCUAAUGCCAACCUCAUGAGGAAUGGAGCUGAUUAUGCUGUCUAUAUCAAUACGGCCCAGGAAUUUGAUGGCUCAGACUCGGGUGCAAGGCCAGAUGAAGCUGUGUCCUGGGGCAAAAUCAGAAUGGAUGCAAAGCCAGUCAAGGUCUAUGCUGAUGCUUCUCUUGUUUUCCCUCUGCUUGUGGCAGAGACUUUUGCCCAGAAAAUUGGGGCCUUCGCCACUGAGAAAAACAAUGACUGAGCAGCUGGUUCCGAUAGGGACCUGGAAGCUGGGGGGUCCUGACCCCUGAUCUCUCCUAUUUAUUGUCUCUAAAUUACUUCCCAGGCAUUCCCAACAUUCAUGGUGCCCUGGCCAAGAUCAGCAAAUACCCAGGCCUGGGAUAAAGGUCCCUUUAUGUGGCAGGUAAUCGUACAGAUCCCUAAGGUCAAUAAACUUCAUGCGUCCCAUCCA